GCCAGCAACAAAACCCAGAAUGUUCAAAUACUUCGUUUUCGCCGUUUUCUGCCUGGCCAGCGCUGCCGCCGCUCCAGGAUACUUGGGUGGUGCCCAUGGAUACUUGGGAGCUGCUCCGGCCGUCUCCUAUGGUCAUGCCCUGGCUGCUCCUUCGUACGCCUCCUAUGGACUGGCGCCCAGGCUUAGCUAUGCUGCCCCGGCUCUAGCCCGUCCGGCUAUCUACUCCUCGCCCGCCCUGAGUCAUGGAUCUCUGGCUCUGGCUCAUGCUCCGUUGGCCGUCUCCCAUGCACCGCUGUCCCUGGCUCCUGCUCCGUUGUCCUUGGGCCAUGCUCCCUUGGGCCUAGCACAUGGUCCUUUGGGUCUGGCGCAUGGCUCUUUGGGUCUGGCGCAUCCUCAGUUGGGUCUUCAUGGUUGGUAA